AUGGUGGACUACUGGCUACCACUGGCAUUUAACGAUGCAGCCCUCUUGAACGUCCUGAUAGGAUGUGCUGCUUCCUUCAGAUUCAAGUCUCAAUUUCUAUCAGGAUGCCCCAUUCUUAUCAGACAUCUAAAUGAGGCGAUGAACAUCGUGAACCACAAACUGACAACUACGUCCACGAGCGAGGAUGUAUCAGACGAGACAUUGGCUGUUGUUGCCACAUUAGCCAUGAUCCAGAAGACGAUCGGGUCUAAUUACGAGUGGAACAUUCACAUGAGAGGAUUGAAAAGGCUCGUGGAUCUGCGCGGCGGGAUGGGUAGUUUGGACAACAAGCCCUUCAUCAAAAGCAAAAUCCUCCGUGCGGAUCUCUGCGGCUCCGUAGACAUCACCCGCCAACCUUAUUUCAACCCACACUACGAACGACUGCCCCUGGAAAAUUUCGGCUAUCUGUCCCUCCCACUAGGAUUUAGGGAUCUGGACGAAAUAUUGAAUCUCGACGCAAUUCUGAAAAAUGUCAUCCUGACCCUUCAAGCCUCUUUGAAAACCACAUCAAGCCUUCCCUUGACCAAGAACCAAAGUCAUGCAGCGCAGGUCAGAUUUUCCUUGACAUCUGCUCAAUAUGCCCUGUUAUCUAUGGAUUGCGGAAAUCUAAGCAGUCCUAUUACCAGAGCACAGGAAACUUGUCGACUUGCGGUUCUAUUGUUUACAGCGACCAUGUUUAAGGAGCUACCCUCUGGUCUUUCCGGCAUAGUUGGACGAAUCAUGGAGCUUCUCAGUGAUAGAGAAACGUGCAAUUGGCUGACCCCUGCCUUUCAAACCUGGGCCCUGUGUCUCGUCAUGGCCUCUUCACCAUCCGAAGCGCAGAAGUCAUAUCUCUCCCUGCUGUCAUCUAUUCUUUCUGACAUGGGCGUUGAUACAGAAGAGAAACUUGCUUUGUUACUGUCUACCUUUCAUCCAAAAGAUGCUUCGCACCAGGUAUAUGUGGGUGUGACAAAAGAGUUUUAG